CCAUCACGGAUGAAGAAUCGUGACUGUGAGCAGACGACAUGAUUCAACAAAAUCGUCGUCCCCGGCUUCAAACGUGAUCGCCACCCAGAGAAUCUGCUUACCGAGGCUUGCCGGCUCAGGUGUUGUAGUGCAGUUCAAUCAUGGUCGUCUGCUCAUACUUUCUUCGAGGGCAGUGCCGAUUUGGAGAUGCUUGCAAGAACGAGCAUCCUCGCAAUGGGCAAGCAGGAGGCAGCACCUUUGGUGCAUCCACCGGCAACAACGUGUGGGUGGCUGGAGGCAACAAGAACAACACUGGUUCUGGGAGAGGUAGUGCUUUCGCCCCUCCCUCGACCUUUGGUGUGAGCACUACUGGCGGCUCGGGAGCAGGAGCUUCGGCAUUCGGGGCGGUCAGCGCGUUCGGUCGACCAUCGAGCUUCGGCAACAAUGCCCAGUCAACCAACAUAUCCGCGAAUCAAAUCGCAGGUGGAGUGCAAGGUCUGCCGCCAGGUAUCACUGGCAUCGCGUGGAAAGCGGGAAGCGCGGAGCUCUCGCCACACAAUAUCGCGGACGAUGUGAAAGCGCAGAACAGGCCUCUUUGGAAAUUGAGCAGCUACGGGCCAGCUCGGAAUGAGCCUUCCCUGAAAGACACUGGAGACGUGUCCCCGGAGGAAAUGCGAUUGAAGGCCAUCGAGCUUGUGGCUCAAGGGAGGGGCAACGAGUAUGUCAAUUUGGAAGCGCAACUCAAUGCUGCCGCAGAUGCAGAGUACGAGGCGAUCUUGAGAGAUACGCAAGCUGCAUAUCGUAAAGCGGCGUCCAAUCAACAGCAAUCGCUGAACGACUUCAACAACAAGUACGGCACGAAUACCCGUGGCGGCAACACUGCCAGCGCGUUUUCUCAGCCACAAGGAGCAAGCACGAGUGCCUUCGGCUCAGGCGCUCCAUCGACGUCUGCUUUCGGCUCCACAUCCGCUUUCGGCUCCGGUAGUAGUUCGGCUUUUGGUGCGCCCGCUGCCUCGAAUUCUGGCUUUGGCAGCACGAGCGCUUUUGGGGCUGCUGCUCCCUCGAUCAGCGCCUUCGGCUCCACCAGCGCCUUCGGAGCGCAAGCUCCAAAGGCAUUCGGUGCGCCUGCUUCGGGAAGCGCAUUUGGUUCAUCAGCUGCCCCUAGCGCGUUUGGUGCGACCUCGGCCCCGAGCGCUUUUGGGGCCACUUCUGCGCCUAGUGCUUUUGGUGCGACAUCUGCUUCAAGCGCCUUUGGCUCGACGAACACCCCCAGCGCUUUCGGGUCACCUUCCGCGGCCAGCGCUUUUGGCAGCGCUUCAAAGCCCAGUGCCUUUGGAAGCGCGGCAGCUCCAAGCGCUUUUGGCAGCACAACUACGCCAAACACCGGAAGCGCAUUUGGCUCGACGGCAGGUCCAAGCGCUUUUGGCACGACUUCGGCAUUUGGUGCAAACGCAGGCUCCAACACGUCCAGCGCAUUUAACAAGCCGAGCGCAUUCGGUGCCGUCAACGCAUCCCCUGCGCCAGCUUCCACCUCAGCGUUUGGUGCACGGCCGCAGCAGAGCGGUGCGAGCGCCUUUGGCUCUCCAAGCGCUUUCGGCGCCCCCAGCAAAUCGUCGGCAUUCGGUGCACCCCCUGCUCCCUCGUCUGCUUUCGGCGCGCCGAAUCCUUCAACCUUUGGAUCCAAUUUGCCAGCGCAAACGCAGUCGGCUUUUGGCGCUCCCAGCGCUUUCGGCGCGUCUGCUUUCGGAUCUGCUGCGCCGGGGCCCAUGGCAUCGAACUCGGCUUUCGGAGCACCGAGCAAUGCUUCACCAUCGACUUCUGCCUUCGGAGUAGGUGCGAGCAAUCAGAGUGUGAACAGCGCCUUUGGAACGAGCGCCUUCGCAUCAGGGCCCACUACAGGGCUGGGAGCAGCAGCGAAAGCAGCAGACCCAUUUGCGGACCAAGCACCAAAGGAGACGGACUUGCCUCGAGCUGUAUUGCAGCUCUUCGCUGCGGACGCUUUCGAGUGGGGAGCCGUUCCUGGCGUAGAGCCGCCUUUGAGCGUCAGGUGAAGACGGAACAUCAUGCAUUGUACACUAUUCAAACCAGCUUCUCUCAUCAAAUUUGCCUGCAAUACAUCUGAUG